AUGAAUAUCCUACACCACAAGAGUUGGCACGUGCGCACAAAGGAAAAUAUUCGCAAAGUGCGAAAAGAUGAAGCGGAGGCAGCCGAAAAAGAGCGGCGCGAGCUCGAGCGGCAGAUCAACGUCGUCAGCGAGCGCAGGCUGAAGGUUUUACGAGAACAGGCCGAUAAACGGCUGGAGACCGACUUCGACAUCCGCCCCGACGCCAACCCGGACGCCGAAGAAGAGCCAGGCACUUCCGGAGGGCAUAUCAACUUCUUUGCGGAUUUAGAAAGGAAUGAGCGCAAAAAUCUGGGCGGCGACAACGAGGAGUACAAGCAGGAGAAGGCGAAAGAAAAAGACGAAUGGGAACAGAAGAUGGGCAUCCUCGUCAAGCUUGGCCAGGAUACGAAUGAGUUGACGAAAAAGAAGGAGUGGUACGAAGUACUUCCGAAAAGGCCCAAAGAGCUCUCGAAACCGGAACGCCUCGUUUUCCCACCGGCACCGAAGAAAGACGCAAAGGACGACGAUGACGAAGAGGGUCGAAAAUCGAAAAAGGACAAGAAGCAGAAAAAGGAGAAGAAACGGAAGAAGGACAAAAAGGAAAAACAUAAUAAAAAGAGGAAGCGAAGCCGCAGCUCCAGCAGCGAUUCUUCAGCGAAUGAACGGAAGAAGCGGAAGAGUAAGCAGGAAAUCGAGGAAGAUGUGGCCGCUGCGAAGAAAGCGAGGAUCGCCGAGCUGCGCGAGGAGCGGCUACGUCGAGAGCGCGAGGAACGUGGGCGCAGCUGGCGCGUGCUGCACCCCGAGCUGGCCAAGGCCGACGACGAGCGGAAGGAGCGCGAGAAGCCGAAGUACAACUCGGGAUUCAACCCGCAUCUCGCCAGACGA